AUGCUGCUUCAUGCUCCGAAGAAUACGUCCCUCCUCUUCUCUGCGCCCUCGCCGCCCUCUCCGGGGAGCCGCCGCGGCAGAGGAACGGAGCGCCCGCCUGUAGCGCCCAGAGCGGCGGCGGCGGGCACGGCCCGAGGGAUCAAGUGUCAGGCUCAGCCCUGCCCCGCGCCUGGGGAGCCGCCAGGAGCGGCGCUGCAGCUCCGGACACCCCGCGACGUGCGCCGCCCGGACGCCCGGAGAGCCGCAGCCGCCGCCGCCUCCCCGGUACAAACUAUCAGUGAACAAGACAUUACAAAACAAGUGGGUGAUUGUUUAUGCUAAUGAACAGAUUUUCUUACUGUCGGCGUAUUCUUGGACCAAAAGCCAGGGAUAUGGAAAGAGAGGAGAGUGCUCAUUCUGUCUGCUCUCACGACUGCUGCAACACAGCCCACCAAGCCACAUGGCAUCAUACAUCAGGCACUAUUCAUAUUUAUUCCUGAUACAGCUUUUGACCUUUCCCAAGAAUCCUGUUAAAGUUUGUGUCAGGUUAGAUGCUUUCAGGUUGCUCCACUUCUGUAUAUCCAUCCACUCCUUCCACUAACCUGAUGGAAGUCUCAGCCUUCUUUUUUUUCCCAAACUGAGUCCUCCAUGGCCAGGUCAAUUUGCACACAGGCUUUGGAAACAUAAAACUGUGUGUCAUUCACCUGACAAUGUUCUUAUAAAGCAAAUAGACAUAAACGUUUUAAAUGCUUUAAAUGUAACAGUUUAUUCAAAGUUAAUGGGACAUACUGGCAGUCAUUUUACUCAUUCAGCAAAUAUUCAUAGAGCACCUACUGUGUGCCAGUACCUAUGCUCCGUGGUAGUUAUACAAGAGUGAUAAGAAAUUGUUUCUGCCCUCAAGGAGUCUGAUCUAAAUAUCCUUUAGAAAAUGCCAACUUAUUUUCGUAAGUCAUGUAAAAU